GACUUGCGCGCAAGGUAGAAGUGCGCUUUCCAGUAUCCGUGCGUCGACGGACCGAGAGAGAGAAAAGUCAUCAGUGGAGGAAGAUAGGGCGGACGUGUUGCAUCGUAGAAGCAACGUUCUCGUGCGCCCGUAGAAGACAAAUCAGAAAGGGACGAUUGAACGAGAGGGUUGCCCACAACGAACGAUUCGCGAACAAUUAAAUUCUCGAUCCUGUUUACGAAGAAAAGGAGAAAAACAAGAAAGAAAGGAAGACGAGCAAUAUAGGAAUACAAGAAGAGAAGAAAACAUAAUCAAAUAAUCGAUUAUUUGAGGAGAGGAAGAAGGAGACUCUUCGUUAUCUCUAUUUGUCAUUUGCCUAUUUACUUCAGUUGUUGCAUCUAAUUUUCUUUCUUUCUUUCUUCGGUGAGCGAUCGGUUCGCCGAUCUCCUUAAACGUUCUACCGGAUACGGCCAAUGAAGGCACGUAAGAGUCGCGAGAAACAGGGAGAACUUGAAGAACUCGGGGGCGUUUUAGGGGGUUCUGGAGGUGGCACCUUAGCAUUGGGCGGACGCCACAAGCCUGAGGAAUUGGCCACCUUGGCAGCCAACACGAGAUUUUCAAGAAAGGAAAUACAAUUGAUUUAUCGGGGAUUCAAACAAGAGUGUCCUACUGGUUUGGUCGACGAGGAAGCUUUCAAACAAAUCUUCUCGCAAUUUUUUCCACAGGGAGAUGCCAGUCAAUACGCUCAUUACGUGUUCAACACCAUGAAGAGGAAACAUUCUGGUAAAAUAAGUUUUGAGGAAUUUCUAACAAUUUUAUCCAAAGUAUCUCGAGGAUCGGUGGAGGAAAAAUUACAAUGGGUUUUUGGAUUAUACGACUUGGACGGUGACGGAUUGAUACGCAAGGAAGAAAUGUUGGAUGUCGUUGGAUCGAUUUAUGAGAUGUUGGGUCGUUAUACUCAGCCACAAAUAGUCGAGCCGCAUUUGGCAGCACGUGAACACGUCGAUCGUAUAUUUCACCUAAUGGACGCGAAUAAGGAUGGCGUGGUGACUAUCGAGGAAUUGGUGCAAUGGUGUUCUAAAGACGAGCAAUUAUUACGAAGUCUCGACACUCUUGAUACAGUCUUGUGAGAGUUUAAAAUUACUUUCUUAUAUUAUCUAUUAAUUUAUCAAAAGCUUUCUUUUUAUUUACUCUAGCGAUCGAUACUGUUACUAAGCGUAUGAAGAGAAUUUCAUGAGUUCUAUUUGUGGAAGACGACCAUUCAAUAUAUCUUUUCAAUUCUGAUUCAAAUCUUUGAUCUCUUUUUCUUACAAAUUAAAAACAAAAAAACAAUCGUGAUUUUUCACUUAAUUAUUGACAUGCAUGAAGAAUAUAUAAAGUAAUAUAAAAUAAUUAGAAGAUUAAGCGUAGAAGGAAAGAGAAAAAAAAAAUGUAUAUUUUGAAAGACCAGGGUGAUGUAUAAACAGGACCGUUUGAGAGGCUUUUAAAUCACUCAUGGGUUUCGAAUGUUUCCAAAAAACAAUACCGUUGGUCAAACGCAUACAACGGUAUGCAACGUCUUCUGAAAACGACAUUCUGUAAAAAAUAUUUCUCAAAGAGCGUUUGUAAAUAUGUAUGUAUCUACCCUACCUACCCAGUCUUUCAACCGUGCCACGUGUCAGAGUACGAUAAUCGACAUUAUCGAAACUUUAAGCGGACAUGUUCAAAUAGCGUAUGUCACUUACUUGUAAUUUUAGUGCGAUAUAGGAAACUACAUUUAAAUCCUUAACGUAACUUCCACGAUUCACGAUUACCGAUGGCAAUUUAAAAUAGAUCGAUUUCUUCGAACUUUACUUUUAACGACUGUGUCGUCAAAUUUAUUUCUUAAUUAAAUUAUAAUUGAUUGAUAUUAUUGAUAAUGUUAUGAUAAUGUUAAUGUUUUUUCUCAUUCUUUUUCGAAUUUUCAUCGAGUUCGAGAUAAAUUAUUAUUUAGAUUUAUGCACAUCGAUUUACGAACUUACGAUUUUUGUACUUUUUCAUAACAUUAAACUUAUACAUUUAAAGAUUUGAAAUGACUGUUCUGAUACAUAAAUCGUAACAAAAUAAUAAACAGAAAAAGAAGAAUAAACGCGAAAAGAUUUUGAUAUUUAUAAAAAAAAAAACGUUAAGAGUGGAAGUACGUAAAUAUCAAAGUGCUGAUUUCGCCGAAGAUAAUCUUAGUAAUAAAUGAUAGUAAAACCACACAUAUACACACACGCACGCACAAACUCACACAAACAAAAAAAUUGAGUAAAAGGAAAUUAGAUUUUUUCGAUGGAACAUUAUUCCUGGGGCCUUUUAAAAGUUAAUUAUGCUCGCUAAAAAAAUAAAUAUAAAAAAAUCUUUAUCGUUCGUAUUAAAAAACAAAUAAAAUCUUUAAAAGAAAUUCUCCGUGAUUAUACUUAAACGGAUUUUAAAACAGUAUUUAUCUUUCUCUUAUUGAUAAGUGAUUUUAUUCAAUAUUAUGAACCAAUUAGCGGGCAUAUGAUUUUAUCCAAAGGAUAAAAAAGACAAAAAAAAGAGAAGAGGCAUCUUAACGAAGAAAUGAUUAUUAAAUGUGAGAUUACAUCCUUAAAAAUAUUUCGAAUAAAAUUCGUAUUAACGUAAAUUGCUAUUCAAAUAUCACGUUGGGUGUCUCGCGUUGAUAAUUUCCAAUAUUAAUAAUUAUAUAUUGUAUAGUACCUUGGUAGUCUCGACCAAAUGAAUGAAGCGUUAGUUGAAACGAGCUAACGCCUCGCGUGAUUCUCCUGUACCUUAUUAUUUAAUUAUAAAUUUUAACAUAUACGAUCUAUUAAUAUUAUGAACAAUGUUUAUUAUAUUAUCGAUAUAAAUAGUUCUAUCGAUGCCAUGAUCUAUCACACUUGUUGUUUCUAAUUGAUUGCGUCAAAAUUAUAAGAAAGACUUGAAUUUAUUUACAGCUUUCAUAUAAAAAAAUUUAAUGAUUAAUUAGGAUAAACAUUUAAACCAAUUCUUAUGCAUAUAUAAAUACGAUUGUUGACGAUUCGAAUCCAGAUAAUUGCAUUUGUCAACUUUACUAAUUUUAUUUGUACUUCAAUUUUGUUGAAGAUAAUUAACCAAUGCAUUGUUGUCGUUUAAUUAAUAUUAAAAAUAUAUAUAAAACUGUAAAGAAAAAAGGUUGAAUAUUUUCUUCAGUGGAAUCAAUUAGAAACACUGUGCAUAAUUUAUAAUAUACGAUUUGUGAAAUAAUGCGAUAUAUCAAAUAUCAAUAAAUAUAUCGCAAAUAUGUUGAACGAAGUUAAAUAAGUUUAUAAGAAGAAAAAGAGUUCUAUAUAUAUGAUAUAUUAAAUACGCAGAGUAUUACAUAUUUUUACUGUUUUUUUGUUUUUUGCUGACCAAACUAACGAAAAUUAUUUUUACGGCAUUCAUUUGAAUCCAGAUAAUUGCAUUUGUUGAUUUUACCAGCUUUACUUGUGGUUACAUUUUGUAAAAUUAGUUUGAGUAAUUGUCUCUCUCUCUCUCUCUCUCUCUCUCUCUCUCUCUCUCUCUCUCUCUCUCUCACUCUGAAGAAUAUCUUGUAAUUUUUUAUUUCAUUUUCAUUACAACAUUUGUAACAUUUUUCGUACGCCUCUCAAAGAUAUGUAAAUAAUCAAUAAUGUUAUUACAAAUUCAUACAGAUCGGUGCAUAAAAACUUUUCUAUUGUAAUAUACUUAUCAACUUUACAAACAAAACUUAACGUAUGUCCGUUUGUUCAAAAAGCAAUUUACUUAUCCACAUAGACUCUGAUAAUUCUCUACAAGCGAUGUUCGCCAUUUUAUCUUGCAAAAUUUCCGUACUUUUAGGCCACAUUUUACAAUUUCUAAUAGCUUAUAGACAAUUUCAAUGUAUUCCCGAAUGUUCAAUACGAAGGUGCAUGUUCAUUUAAACAGAAACAUCCAAGGAAUUUCAAAUAUCUGCCUUUAGACUUAAUUAUACAAAUAAUUGUCAUUCAUAGUAAACAAAAAAUUGAUCUUUUUGCUCGAGUAUUAAAAGAAUAUUAUAUAAUAUGAUAAACA